GAGCGUGUAGUUAUUACAGGAAUCGGCGUUGUCAAUGCAAUUGGCAACACGAAAGAAGAAUAUUGGGAUGCGCUUGCCAGCGGUAAAAACGGAAUCGGACCUUUGACGUAUUUUGAUGCCUCUGAGCAUCGCACCCAAAUCGCCGGAGAAGUAAAGAACUUUCAGGCGGAACAGUACAUGGAUCGCCGCGCCGCGUCCAGACUUCCGCUUUUCAUUCAGUUCGCACUUGCCGCUGCAAUCAUGGCACACAAAGACUCCGGUCUGGAACUUGAUGAAGUGGAUCCUUACCGUGCGGGGACACAAGUGGGUUCAGGGAUCGGCGGCAUCGGUGUCCUUGAAGAUAACGCAAAAACCCUUGCCGAAAAGGGGCCCAAACGCGUUAGCCCGUUUCUUGUGCCUCACAUGAUUAUUAACAUGGCAGCAGGGCAGAUCUCAAUCCGUUUUAACCUCAAAGGUCCGAAUUCUACAUCCGUCACCGCGUGUGCGAGUGCGAACCAUUCUAUGGGAGAUUCGUUUCGCAUCAUUCAGCGCGGGGAUGCAGAUGUGAUGUUCACUGGUGGCACGGAAUCGGCGAUUACGCCGUUAGCUUUCGCAGGGUUCUGUUCAAUGCGCGCGAUGUCGGCGCGGAACCAUGAACCUGAACGCGCCUCGCGUCCUUUCAAUAAGGACAGAGACGGCUUUGUUAUGGGUGACGGCGCAGGGGUAUUAAUCUUUGAAUCGCUUUCACAUGCCAAAAAGCGAGGUGCACAUAUCUACGGGGAAAUUGUUGGUUACGGGAUGACUUCAGAUGCCCACGAUAUGGUAAGCCCGCCUGACAACGGCGAAGGUGCAGCGAAAGCAAUGGAGUUCGCACUCCGGGAUGCUGAAUUGCCAUUAGAUGCUAUCGACUAUAUCAAUGCACACGGUACCUCUACACCUAUUGGCGACAUCGCUGAAACGAACGCUAUUAAAACCGUGUUCGGCGAGCAGGCGUACAAAAUCCCCGUUAGUUCCACUAAAUCAAUGGUGGGUCAUCUGCUCGGUGCUGCGGGGGCUGUGGAGCUCAUCGCCUGCUUAGCUGCGAUGGAGAAAGGUUAUCUGCCACCGACGAUCAACUACGAUACGCCAGAUGAAGCCUGCGACUUGGAUUACGUCCCGAAUGAGAGUCGUGAUGCAAAAGUUUCAGUCGCGCUUUCCAAUGCGUUCGGCUUCGGCGGACACAAUACCUCUAUCGCCAUCCGUAAAUUCACGGGUUAG